UUUCCGGCUCAGGCGUCGGCGGCGUUUGCCGGAGGAAGGAGCCCGGGGGAGCCGCGUCGGUACCGUCCCCUGCGCCGCCGGUCUCUUCCUCCCAGUUCCCCGUCCCGCCCCGGCCAGGCCUGGCCCGGCCCGGGGCACAUCGGCCGCGGGGACCCCGGCGCCCGGAUGGAAAUCAUACAGUAUAGAGUGUUUGGGUGACAUCUGCUUGACAGAUCUUCAAGAAACUGAAGACAGAAGUACCUAAUGCAUUUGAGACAGAAGUAAAGUUGGGGGGAGGGGAGAAAACAGCAACUGCUUUCCUGAUCUGCAACUUGGCAGGACACUAAAAUGUCUGUGGACAUGAAUAGCCAGGGAUCUGACAGCAAUGAAGAGGACUAUGACCCAAAUUGUGAGGAAGAAGACGAAGAAGAGGAUGAGGACCCUGGGGAUAUAGAGGAUUAUUAUGAGGGGGUAGCAAAUGAUGUCGAACAACAGGGAGCAGAUGCUUUUGAUCCAGAGGAAUACCAGUUUACCUGCCUGACGUACAAGGAGUCAGAGGGCACCCUGAACGAGCACAUGGCCAAUUUGGCCUCUAUGUUAAAGGUGUCUCAUUCAGUGGCUAAACUUGUAUUAGUUAAUUUCCACUGGCAAGUCUCAGAGAUAUUGGAAAGACACAAGUCCAAUUCUGCUCAGCUGUUAGUUGAGGCCCGAGUUCAGCCCAGUCCAUCGAAACAUGUAAUGGUACAUUCCUCCCAUCACUGUGCAGUGUGCAUGCAGUUUGUUCGAAAGGAAAAUUUACUCUCUUUGGCUUGUCAGCACCAGUUUUGCCGAAGCUGUUGGGAGCAGCAUUGUACAGUGCUGGUAAAAGAUGGUGUAGGAGUUGGAGUCUCCUGUAUGGCUCAGGACUGCCUUCUCAGAACACCAGAGGAUUUUGUAUUUCCUUUGCUGCCUAGUGAGGAGUUGAAAGACAAAUACAGGCGCUACCUCUUCAGGGACUACGUGGAGAGCCAUUAUCAGCUCCAGCUGUGUCCCGGUGCAGACUGCCCCAUGGUUAUCCAGGUACAGGAGCCUAGAGCUCGACGAGUGCAGUGCAAUCGAUGCAACGAGGUGUUCUGUUUCAAGUGUCGUCAGAUGUAUCACGCCCCUACAGACUGCGCCACAAUCCGGAAAUGGCUCACAAAGUGUGCAGACGACUCUGAAACGGCAAACUACAUUAGUGCUCACACUAAAGAUUGUCCCAAGUGCAAUAUCUGUAUUGAGAAGAAUGGAGGCUGCAAUCACAUGCAAUGUUCUAAGUGUAAACAUGAUUUCUGCUGGAUGUGUCUAGGAGACUGGAAGACCCAUGGCAGCGAGUACUACGAGUGCAGUCGGUACAAAGAAAAUCCUGAUAUUGUAAACCAGAGUCAGCAGGCCCAGGCGAGGGAGGCCCUUAAGAAGUACUUGUUCUACUUUGAGAGGUGGGAAAAUCACAAUAAGAGCUUACAGCUGGAGGCACAGACGUACCAGCGAAUUCAUGAGAAGAUACAAGAAAGAGUGAUGAACAAUCUGGGCACUUGGAUCGACUGGCAGUACCUGCAGAAUGCGGCUAAGCUCCUAGCCAAGUGUCGUUAUACCCUGCAGUACACGUAUCCAUAUGCAUACUACAUGGAGUCUGGGCCUAGGAAGAAGCUGUUUGAGUAUCAGCAGGCCCAGCUGGAGGCAGAAAUUGAGAACCUUUCAUGGAAGGUGGAGCGAGCAGAUAGCUAUGACAGAGGGGACUUGGAGAAUCAGAUGCACAUAGCUGAGCAGCGGAGGAGGACUCUGCUGAAGGAUUUCCAUGACACAUAAGGCCACAGAAGGAUACGGGGUGAGAGGGGAGAGAGCAUUGAGAAAGCAAGGACAGCAGCAUCAUUGCAUGGAAUGGGCACUGCCACUGGAGAGCACAGACCAAGAACAACACCCAGCCCCUCAAAGCUCUCCCAGUUUAGUCACUUUCAGUUUUCUUCUCAUCUUUCCGCUUUUGUUUGUGCCUGGGUAGAGGCCAUAUUGAAUUUGCGUCUCAAUGGGACUUUUUAAAUUUCCCCUGGAUUGUUGUUGGGAGGGAGGGAAAGUUUUUCUGAAUGGCUGUUAAUAGUAUUAGAUCAUUACAACUUCUGUAAUUUUCAAAGGUUGUACAAUUAUACAAAACAAAACAAAAAAAAAAAGAAAAAACCCUAGAAUAACACAGAACCCUUUAAAAAAAUAAAUUGGCAUUGGAGUGUUUUUUCCUCUAGAUGUUCUGCUUAGAAAGUAACAUUUGCUCCUCACCCACACUGCUUUUGUGCUGAGCUUUAUGAAAUGCCACAUUGGCCUUCUUAGGGUUGCCUCCCCUUUUCCUGCUCAGAUAUGCUUGGCAGCAGCUAUGAUUGCCCAGGGAAGAGAGCAGCCAACCUCUUCCAGGAGCUUCUGCUGGGGAGGAGCCUGGGAGCACUGUAAGCUGGAUCAUGUCAACUGCGCAUUCAGCAGCUCUUCUUCCUAUACUAGGUGCUAGGGGAAUCUCACCAAACUUUGAAUCCAAAAAAGGGACAGGUUGAGGUGUAGUCCUAUUGCCCUAAAUCCUGAGGUAUUUCACCAACAUUGGAUUUUUCUUGAUAUGCCCUGUUAUGUUUCUUAUAGGGGUAGCUUUUAAUCUGUCUUUCUAGCUGUAUUACUGAGCAUUAUCAGUUUGGAAUUUUUUUUUUCCCAUGCCUACCCCGUGCUUAGUUACGUCUUUCUUUGUACUGGUCUUCUUGGGCAUGUUUGUGAACUGGUGCCAGCAGCAUGUGAGGACCUCUCCCAAAGUGAAGAACCAUGUUGAUGGUUUCUCACCAGGAUGCCUUGAUAAGGAUUCUGUGUACCUGGAUUGUUCCCUCUUUGCCUUUCGGAGGGAGGGAUGGUAAAUUGAGUCCUGAGAAAAGAUAGGGCUGGGCCAGCAAGGACCAGUUGUGUGCUUUUGGUAUAGAGGAUCCAAGGCAGUUUUAGUGGUCAAGAAACAGAAAAGAGAAAAAUCUAGACAUUAUGACUCUCAGGAUAGCAGUAAUGAAAACACACAUAUAAAGAAAGGACCCACUGGUAGCCCCUCAGACUAUAUCAGACAUCUGAGUGUGUCCCCUGAGUUGGAGGCCUUUAAAAGAAAGUAUUAUCUUGCUGCCUUCCUUUAUAUAGAAAUGGAAAGCCUAUCCAGGUGAACAGUGUUAAGUUUAAAUAUGGGUAUAUCUUUGGUGGCCCUCCUGUUGUGCAGGGGUAACACUGGAGACAGUACUAUGUUGGAGUCAUCAUGGACUGACUGAAAAUGACCUCUGCCCACUUGCUCCUUCUCUCCAGGUAGAGCUUUCCCAUCCUACCGUUGAUGUUAGUCAAGAGGUUCCUUCUUGUCUUUGCAUGCAGCAAGGGGCUUGGACUUAUUCUCAUGUGUAACCUACAUUAAUUCUAGUACUGCUUUGAGAUUCUCUUUGAGUGGACACAGCUCACCAUUGUUUGACCACUCUAGAAAGCUCCCCAUUGACUUUGAUCUGAACUUUUUGCUUUUGUUCACUAUUUUUCUCCUUUUGGAAUGACUUCCUUAAACAUCAGGCAUCCCUGAGACUCCAGAGGGCAUUUGAUGCCAACUUUAGGGUUAUUCCCAGUCUCAGACUGCACAAAAGGUGUAGGCCUACAGUCCUACGAAACCUUUGAACCUCUAUUUGGAAGCCUUUGGGAAGGCAGAUCUAAGAUAACAAGAUUCCUGUGAAAGCUUCUGAUGUCUUUUUUAUCUCCAGAGGAGAAUGUGUUCAGCUGUGCUCAGGGGUUUGGGCAGGGCUUUCCUCUGGGAGAGCUUGCAGAGCUUGUAUCUCUGCAGUUAUACUCAGCGCCUAAGGGUUUAAGAAUGAAUUCUCCUGUUCUCUGCUUGGCCACCUGGAGGUAGGGACAGGGUUUUAGGGAGAUUGUAAAGGAGUUGGAAUAUACCUUUGGAGCAUACAUCAAUCCAUUUUCACUUUCCAACACCCAGUUAUGCAUAUACUUCCUGGGUGCUAUGUAAACUGUGAACCUAAUUACACCUGAGAGUCAGCUGUGACAGUGGAGGGGUAUUGUUGGGUGGGGUUGACCUGUAAGCCCUUCCCCCAUCUCUCUCCUUGAAAAGCAAAACCCUGCUUUCUGGGAAGAGGACAGGCAAUUAUGGAAGAGGGAAGGGCAGUGAAGAAUCAAUCUAGAAACAGCACAUUCAUAAGCUAAUUGUAAAUAAGAAGAGCGUUCCUUCUGAGAACAGGAAGGGGGUGGGUGCCUCGUUUUCCUCACAUUGAGGAUUCCAGUGUUUGGAACCUUCUUCUUUUUGUGACGUCUUUUUUGUGGCACUAGAAGGGCCUAAUGGGUCCCAGCUUUGCUUCUAGAGCUUUUGGUUGUAACUUUGCUCUUGUAAUUCACUGGCCAUCACAUACCCUUGACAUCCUAGGCAGCACCAAGGAGUUUCUCUGAACUGCAUGACUGCUGCUCUUGGUGCACAAAAUCGUGCACGUACAUGUGUGUGUGCGCAUGCACACGCACACAAAUAUACACAGAUUGCUUUUGCACUGAUGCUGGAGCCACAAAGGGUUUCUGUACCAUAAUCACAGCUUUGAGCCCUUAAGACUUUGAAUCAAGUGCUCGACAGAAUGUAUUUUCUUUUCAAUGAAGCUUGUUCUAGACCUUAGCUGGCUGUCACUUUUAAGUUUUCUGGCAGUUUAGAAAGCUGGGAGAAUCUGGCAGACUCUUGACUCUGCUUUGCAUGAGAUAGAAAAGGAGGGAGGGCAGGACAUUUUCCAUAAAAUGGCCCCAUCUCUUGGUUUUCCUUUAGAGAGGAAAGAUGAAUUGGGGCAAUGUACUCUGCUCUUAAAAGUUUCCCAGAAUUCUAGUGGUUUAUUCAAAUAAAUUGUAAAUUUCUAAUUUUAAAA